AUGGAUUACUUCCAGCUGCCCGAAGACAUAGUCGUGAAGAUAGCUAGGGACCAUUUCGACACGACUUCGCAGCUGGUCGCCUUCUCUGCUGGCAUCCUCAUCGCUGAACGAGACUCCGACGACCAUGAGUUUUCUCCCAUCACAAUGUUCCACACGUUUGUCGCUACUCCGAUUAAUGACAUAUUUGAUGAUGAUCAGAUAUAUUCCGAUUCCUCAAGUCCACCAUCUCCACGAAGAAGCCAUUAG